GUUCUUUUAACCUUAAACUCGUACACAAACAAAUCCUCCUUCCCCAUUGGUCACCACAAAAAAAACUCUUUCUUACAAACUUUUCUUCAACAACUUGCAAGUUGCAACUUGUACCCCACGAUUUCUUUAAUAAAAAAAUUAUAUAAAAAAAAAACAAAAGAAAAGGGAAAAAAAAAACACCAUUUUCUUCUUCCUCUCUUUCCUGUUCCCUCUCAUAUCAACAACAUUAACGAUUUCUUUCCGCAUAUAUUUCAUCCCAAACCCCCAUUCCUCUUCCCCUAUACCCCCAAACCCCAUGUAUCCUUCAUCAACUUCUUCAUCAUCACAAGGUUCAUUGGGCCCGAAUGGAGGAACAAACAGCAGUAAUACAAGUGGGCUGAUCCGGUACGGCUCAGCUCCGAGCUCCCUACUUGCCACCACCGUGGACUCCAUUAUGAAUCCGGUGACCCGGGAUUACUCAUCUCUCGGAUCACACCGGCAGGCCCAUCUCCAAAUGGGCCCUUCUCCAACUCAUCAUCAUACUACACCAUCUUCCCGGUUAUUCUUCCCUUCAUCGGAGGCAACUUCGUCUCCUCUCGCCGGAGAAUCUUCCGGCAAAAACUCCAACGGUAAUGGCGACGGCGGCGGGCUUCAAAGGGCUUAUGUGAUGAAGCACGAGGAGAACUUCUUCGGUGGAGGUGCGGCGGCUGGAAUGGUGGGGUGCAGUUCUAAUAAUGGUAUUAAUAACGCUCCGCCGCCGCAGCCGACGUUGUUCCGCCAUAGUAGCUCGCCGGCGGGGUUUCUUAAUCAGCUUGCUCACGCUGCUUGUACAUCUAAUGACGACAAUGGGUUUUCAUCUGCAAGAGCCCGAGGUGUAUCAAGAUUGAACUCUCAGCUGAGCUUUACAAGACAAGAGGCUCUUUCCCAAAUCUCUGAAGAAAAUGAGAAUGUUGCUUCUGUCCACAAUCAUGCAGAGAAUGGAAAAAGAAAAUCAACCCAUUCUUAUGGCGGCGCAGAAAGUUAUGGAGGAUCAUCUUGGGAAGACUCCAAUACUAUCAUGUUUUCCAUGGGACCAGCCAAAAGAUCUAAAAGUAUGAGCAAUGAGAUGAUAGCUGGUUUGAACCGAACGGAAUCUCAGUUUCAGUUUGGCAUGCCUGAAACAAUGCUGGAAAUGGCUUCAAUGGACAAGUUGCUUAACAUUCCUGAAGAUUCCGUGCCUUGUAAGAUCCGUGCUAAGCGUGGGUGCGCUACUCAUCCCCGCAGUAUUGCUGAAAGGGUUAGUUCUUUCUCCUUUCAUUUUGUUUUUUGUUGUUUGUUUUUCCUUUUGGGACCAACUGCUGUGAACACAGUUUUUGGUAAAAUAAAGAAAUUGGUGGCUUCUUUGAGCACCAGGGUUGUUGAGAAUGUUCAGCAGGCAAACUAUUCUGAUUUUAGUUUUGUAAGUUCUUUUCAUUUCAUUUCCUAGUCAUCCGUGUACAAGUGAAGGUUUCUUGAAAAUUAUGAUUUAGAUUGUAGUCACAAAUUUUAGUCACUCGUGAUAAACAAACAGACUCAUGAGUUCAAUUAUUUGCUUAGUUUGGUUCAUGAAUCUCUCUGCAGGAAAGAAGAACAAGAAUAAGCGGGAAGUUGAAGAAGUUGCAGGAUCUUGUUCCCAAUAUGGACAAGGUAAACUCCCUAAUCAUCUUUAUCAACAGCUACUCUUUUUUACCUCUAAAUGAGAAGGAAACAUUAGAAAUCCAACAAGCCGUUCCCUUAUGAUGUUUUGCAUAGCAUACUAUUCGAAACGCCAAGUUUCCUGAUGAUAGUGAGAAUAUACGAGAAAUAGAAGCAAGAAAUGAGGUCAACACUUCAAUAACCAAGUCCAAGUAGUUAGUUUCAGGUGGUCUCAUCUCAGAUUCCUGUGCCUAAAACCUACUAUUCCGGAAGGUGCAUCUAAAAUCUAAGAUAAGAUUGUUUCUACAAGAUAUUGAUUCAAAACUUCAGUCUCAAACUAGAAAGGAGCCUUUCUGAGCUAAAUUGUAGUUCAAAGUAAAAGGCGUUGAAACUUUAAUAUUUUUUUGCUGACGUUAGCAUGUACUGUUUUGCUGCAGCAAACUAGCUAUGCUGAUAUGUUGGAUUUGGCUGUGCAACACAUCAAGGGCCUUCAAAACCAGGUUCAGGUUGGUGCAUUUCCUUUAGACUUUGCUGUACUUUUUUCUCCUUUACUUUGAUAAAGAGGUACCAGUGUGACCUUGCUUGGAAAAUGAUGCAUGUUUGAGGUUAUAGAUGAUCAUUCAGUAGUAACCGUCGUGUACUAGAGGUUUCUUUUUUACAUUUUCCUGCUUACAGUUCGACUAAAUUGAUCCUCGUACACAUCUCCAGAAACUCAACAAAGAACUCGACAAUUGUACAUGUGGAUGCCGCAGGCCACAAAAUGGUUCAGGAGAGGAAAAGAGCUAAAGAAAGUAUAAUAAUUCUGGAAGAAAGGACAGUUUCCGGGAUGAAAGACAGAUCCGGAGCACUGAAAAAUUAUGUCUUGACAUUGUGCAUUGCAGAAUAAAUUGGUUAAAGACGUACAUGCAGAUAAGUGAGAAUCAAACCAAGAGUUCUGUAUAUAGAGAGUUUCUCCAAGUUCUGCCGAAAAAGAAACGCCUUCUUCUCUUGUUGCUAUUGUCGCAAUUUUUAGAAGUAAUGUCGAAAUUAAAUAAUUACUUUAGUAGUUUGUCUUUCUUCUGGUUAUUCUGAUUUGUAGAACUAACAUGGUAGUUGGUUUUCGGAGCUCAAUUUUGUUAUUUAGUUUGUUGUAUAAACUUCAAACAUUCAACAUACGUGCCGAAUUAAACACAGUACUUGUAUAUAGUUUUUGUUUGAAAUGUCGACUAAAUUCAGUUUAA